AUUUGAAUUUGUGGAAUGACAAUAUGAAAAAUAGAAUUAUUGCGGAUAAUGGAAGCAUACAGAAAAUCCAGGGAAUUCCUGACGAAUUAAAAGCAUUAUUUAAAACGACAUGGGAAUUAUCACAAAGAGUUAUCAUUGAUAUGGCAGCUGAUCGUGGUGCUUUCAUUGAUCAAUCUCAAAGUUUAAAUAUUCAUAUUGCCGAACCAACUAUUGCUAAACUAACAAGCAUGCACUUUUAUGGAUGGAAGAAAGGAUUAAAAACUGGAAUGUAUUACCUUAGAACAAAGCCAGCUGCUGAUGCAAUUAAGUUCACUGUUGAUCAAACAGCAUUAAAAGAAUCAAAAGCAGCUGAUGAAGAAUAUAAAAACAGUGAUGACAAAUUACUAGCUUCAAAUCUAAUUUCUUGUUCACUCAAUAAUCAAGAAAAUUGUUUGGCUUGUAGCGGCUAA